AUGUCAGCCGACAACGGCAAAAGCCGGACUUUCAACUGGCAAUCGGAAAGAAUUCCCUUUGAAUUUCCUGGAGAGGAAGUUGACAUUGCUUCCUUGUAUGCCUCAUUCCGGUGGGCUCCGUAG